AAAACACUGCAGUAAGUACUCCCUGCAUUAAAUGUUUAUUAAGUGGCAUGCUGUCAAAACCUAGAUUUAAUAGUAAAUACAGGAGGACUUUAAUGGAAAUUGGUUGUAUUUGAUUUUUCCUAGGAACUGCUGAAAGCUGCUUCUCGAGGAUUACAACUUCACCUUUUGCUUUUACAGAUGCUUGUUUACUAUCCAUGUGGCAACCUCUGCACAGCCAGUAAUCCAUUCAUUAUCCUCACUGAUUGAGUGUGAGAGCAGUGCAGUGGUAACUACUUCACUUAGCUGAUGGCAGACGACAAAAGGAGGGAAAUGAUGAAUUCGGACAAUUUAACCUCCCAGAGCUUCCUCUCUGCAAUUCAUAGCAAUGCCAGCAAUUUAUUCUCAGGGCUCCAGUUUGUUCAGUCCUUCAAGCCACUCAUCAUUCCCUGCUACUCCCUAGUAGUUUUUAUUGGUGUCAUUGGGAAUUAUCUCCUCAUUUAUGUCAUCUGCAAAACGAAAAAAAUGCACAAUGUGACCAACUUUCUGGUAGGCAAUCUGGCUUUCUCAGACAUGCUCAUGUGUGCAACCUGUGUGCCCCUGACGCUCGCGUAUGCCUUUGAGCCCAGAGGAUGGGUGUACGGACGUUUCAUGUGCUACUUUGUGUUCCUGAUGCAACCCGUCACUGUGUUUGUGUCUGUCUUCACCUUGACUGUCAUAGCUGUGGAUAGAUAUUACGCCAUGGUGUACCCAUUCCGGAGGAGGCUCACUAUCCCUGUUUGUGCUUAUAUCCUGGCUGCUAUUUGGCUGCUGAGCUGCACCUUGGCUGCCCCAGCCCUGGUCCACACUUACCAUGCCGAAUUCCCAGAGUUGGACUUCUCCAUCUGCGAGGAGUUUUGGUUCCACAUGAAAAGAGAUCGCCUGGCUUAUGCCUACAGCACUCUGAUCAUCACCUACGUGCUGCCUUUGGCCGUCAUCUCCCUGUCCUACCUGCGAAUCUCAGUCAAGCUGAAAAACCGAGUGGUCCCAGGCAAUGUCACCCAGGGCCAAGCUGAGUGGGACCGGGCAAGAAGGAGAAAGACUUUCCGCUUGCUUGUCUUGGUGGUGGCAGCCUUUGGAGUCUGUUGGCUGCCUCUGCACAUCUUCAACAUGAUAAAGGACAUAGAUAUCAGCUUAAUUGACAAGCGGUACUUCAAUGUCAUCCAGCUGCUGUGCCACUGGUUUGCCAUGAUGUCUGCUUGCACCAAUGCCUUCCUCUACGCCUGGCUCCAUGACAGCUUCAGGGGGGAGCUGAAGAAAAUGUUUGCCUGGAGGAAGAAGAAGAUUGGACCUGCUACAAAUUGCAUUGUGGCCAGUGUGGUGCUGUAAAUACAAGAGCUGGUGGGAGUGCACUUCCUUCCUGCAACAUUGUAAGUCAUUUCCACUUUGAAUUGGUUCUGUUUGCUAAUGCUCAUCCUGGGGGCUCAGUCAUAACACCACAUGUCCCAUGGGUUACUUCCCCAGCA